GUAUAUAAAAAACUGUAAAUUACACGCUCGCAUAAUAAUUUCAUACGAGCUUUCCGAUGUAACGAUACAUGCAGGAUAACCUCCUUCGUUUAAAAUUUAUUUCCAUUGUUUUUUGUUUCUAACGAUUAUAAACGAAUGUUAAACGUGAAAAUUGAAAAGAUAUAGAAGAUGAAACCGUCAUAAUAUAUACACGAUUCUCUACUACCUCGUGUAGAUUUAUCCGUGCAUAAUUUUCUUCUUUUUUAUUAUUCUACAUACGUCGCGUAUUUACCCUCAUCCGCGUGCGACUAUAUGUAUAUUAUAUUUCCAACGAGAGACACGAUUUCUCAAACCUUUUCCUUUUCUUUUUCUUUUUCUUUUUUUUUUUUUUUUCAAUUUCACGGCGAACGUGUGUGUUUAGGCAUCAUGAAACGAGGCACGAACUGAGAACAUCGAAGCCGAUGGAUUACGAGAUCGGCGGAUGGACGUGCCAAUCGUUGGGAAGUCCGAACUCGGAGGAAAGUACGAAGCCGGAAUACGGCGUCGUCGUCGUCGUCAUCUUGAUUGUCGUCAUUGGCAAAGAAGAAGAAAAAGAAGGAAAGAAGGAGGUGAUGGUGGUGGCGGUGGUGGUGAAGAAAGAAGAAAAGAAGACAAAAAAGAUAGGAAAAAGAAAGAAGAAAAAGAAAAACUGGUUGGACGUUCUUCUUGUCGUCGAAGUUUUUCAUUGGGCACCACCGAAAAUGAUGUUCCAGGUUGUGCUAGUGUUAUAUUUUACUGUGCUCGCCACCGGAGCGCCACCUUCGUCGUCCAUGAUAUACGCCGACGAUAAAGUGCAAAGUUAUCUCACAAAGUUCGGGUAUUUGCCAGAAAGCAACCCAGAAACCGGUAAUCUAAGGACAGAAGAUCAACUUAGGGACGCCAUUAGAAAUUUACAAAGAUUCAGUGGUAUUCCAGUUACCGGUGAGAUCGACGAUGCCACUCGAAAAUUGAUGAAGGCACGACGUUGCGGUUUAUCGGAUCGACAGAAUCCGCGAUACUCAAGAACCAGACGCAAACGUUUCACGAUCCACGGACAACGUUGGCCCUAUCGGAAUCUCACAUGGAGCUUGAGAACCAAUCAACCAAGCGGUCUGGAAACUGGCGGAGUUCGACUGGAAUUGAGCAAGGCACUCGACCUUUGGGCCAGAAAUUCAAAGCUUACCUUUCAGGAAGUUAACAGCGAUCGUGCUGACAUCUUGGUUUACUUUCAUCGUGGUUCUCAUGGGGAUGGAUAUCCAUUCGAUGGAAGGGGACAAAUCUUGGCGCAUGCAUUUUUCCCUGGCAAAGAUCGCGGCGGGGAUGCUCAUUUCGACGAGGAGGAAAUUUGGUAUCUUCAGGAUAGCAGCAACGAGGAAGGGACUAGCCUGUUCGCUGUGGCUGCACACGAGUUUGGUCAUUCUCUUGGUUUGGCACAUAGUUCUGUUCAAGGAGCUCUAAUGUAUCCUUGGUAUCAAGGAUUGAGUCCUAAUUACGAGCUACCCGAGGACGAUAGGCAUGGAAUUCAACAGAUGUAUGGUGCGCCUGAAGAAAAAUUAUGGGGCAAUAUACCGGGUGGCGCAUUUCCACCAGAAAGGCCAACACCUCCAACAACGACGACGACGACGACGACGACAACGACGUUAGCAACGACUUACAGACCCUGGAGAACACGACCGACGAGACCCAAUCACUAUCCGGACUAUGGUAGACCUAGAAGACCAGAUCGUUAUCCGUCGAAACCAGAUUACAGAACUGAGAGGCCGGACUAUCGACCCCAGAGACCUCACAAACCUCAUAGACACCACACUACCACAUUGCCGGCAAUUACUACGACAACUGUUAGACCAACGAUUUCUCAGAGACCUAGGUUCAGGUGGACCCAAUCACCUAGGAAUGACGUACCAGAUAAAUGUGAUACCACUUAUGACGCAAUUAGUAUCAUACGUAGAGAGGUCUUCAUAUUUAAAGGACGUUAUCUAUGGAGAAUCGGUGACAAAGGAUUGUACGAAGGAUAUCCAGCAGAGAUCACGAGGCUUUUCAAUCUACCAGAAGACAUUGAUCACGUAGAUGCCGUUUAUGAAAGGCCCGACAAAAAAAUUGUCUUUUUUAUUGGGAAAAAGUACUACGUCUUCAGCGCUAAUAAUCUUGAAUCAGGAUAUCCGAAACCAUUAACAAAUCUUGGACUCCCAGCUUCCUUAGAAAAAAUCGACGGCGCUAUGGUUUGGGGACACAAUAGUAGAACUUAUUUCUUUAGCGGUUCUAUGUAUUGGAGGUUCGACGAAUGUGUUAAUUAUGUUGAGUUGGAUUAUCCAAGAGAUAUAAGUAGCAAUUUCGGUGGCGUUGGGAACGAUAUCGAUGCUGUGUUUCAAUGGAAAGAUGGCAAGACGUACUUCUUCAAAGGUAAAGGUUUCUGGUUGUUCGACGAUCUCAGAAUGAAAGUCGCUCACGAGAAACAGAAACUCUCGGCACCCUUUUGGAUGGGAUGUCCUCGUAAAUUAGAAACGAACGACGUUGAGAAUAAUAUUCCUAGAAAGGCGAAGAUCGUCAGUUCGUCAGCAGAUUCCAUUGUUUCAAGGCUCGGUGCUAUUAUUUUCACUCUUAUAGCUUGCGUCUUUGUACUUGCGUAGUAGGUAAGAUUCAAAUAAUAAGAAGAUGAAGAAGAUGAAGAAGAAGA